AUGAAAGGAGGCAACCAUAAAAAAGUCAAUUUACCUAAAUGCAACAAUCUGAAGAGAGUUACAAAAAGUCCUAUUAGCAAGAAAAGAGACAACGAUUAUGCAACAACUUACAAAUACGAAAUUGAAAGAAUAAAAAGAAUUUUAAUAUUUCACCCAAUCCCUUACACAUUAAAUGACAUAUUUAAUUCUGAAAGUGAUAGUCUUUUUCGUAAAGCUGACGGCAUGAUCAAGAGACCUCCUAAUUGUUUUAUAUUCUUUCGUCAAAUUGCGAUUAAUUUAAUUAAACAUACUUCAAUGUCUGAUGAUGAUAGAAAAUUUUUUGAUAAUUUGGACCAGCCACUACUCUCGAAAAUUUUUGGGGCUCUGUGGAAAUCCUUUUCUUUAGCCGAGAAGUCUUCCUAUAAAGCAUUAUGUAGUGAAGUGGUUGAAUUGCAUAAAUCAUUGCAUCCGGAUUGGAAAUAUGCACCGAAGAGGAGUAAAGCAAGUUUCAAAGUUGUUAAAUUUGAUUCACAUGCUCAAGGACAAUAUCAAGAAUCACAAUAUGAAGAACCACAAUGUGAAGAGCCACAAUAUCAAGAACCGCAAUAUCAAGAACCGCAAUAUCAAGAACCGCAAUAUCAAGAACCGCAAUAUCAAGAACCGCAAUAUCAAACUCAAUAUUAUGAAGACUGCCCUGUCGAAAAUCAAUCACCGAUUUCUAACGUCACACCAACUGAAUUCACACAAGAUGAGCUCAUGCAAACUGUAUUCAUACAAGAUGGACUCAUGCAAUUUGAAUUCGCACAAGGUGGGGUCAAUCAAACUCCCAUUGAACCUUGUAUCACAAACCCUGAUUCUUUUCUCUUUGGCGAGCAAGUUAUUUAUCCCACAUACGAACAAUUUACUUCUGAGGAUUUCUUUCUUCAUAGAAUAGUGAAUACUAUUUUUCCCACAUACGAACAAUUUUACUUUUGA